CACUCAUAUAUAGUUCUCAUUGGAUCUAAUAUUUAUGUAUUACAUAUUUUGCAAAGAAUAUAAUAGAGUAGGCCAAUUGAUUGAUUGUAGCUCAUCAGGUAUACGAGAAUCAGGCCGGGGGAAUAAAGUACAUACUUGAUAUAAUAGCAUUAUAAAUAUAAUAAUAAUUUGAACUAUGUGGUCUGAUACUUUAUUAAUAGUUUUUAUUUCAAUUUGCACGGCAUUUUUAGGAGAAGGUUUGACUUGGGUUUUGGUUUACCGCACAAAAAAAUAUCAAAUAUUAAAAGGAGAAGUAGAAAAACAAAGCAAAAAGCUUGAAAGAAGAAAAGAAAUUCACGGGGAUUCACUUGAUAAGUCGCACAAAAAAAAAAUUGAACGUGAUGAAGAAAGAUUAAAGAGCAAUAAUCGCGACCUAUCAUUGGUAAAAAUGAAGUCAAUGUUUGCCACUGGGUUUGCUUUUACAGCUUUGCUUAGUAUGUUUAACAGCAUAUUUGAUGGACGUGUAGUGGCCCGUCUGCCAUUCGUUCCAAUUUCAUGGAUACAAGGUCUUAGUCAUCGAAAUCUUCCAGGUGAUGAUUUUACUGAAUGCUCCUUUAUAUUUCUAUAUAUUUUAUGCACAAUGUCUAUACGUCAAAAUAUACAAAAACUGUUGGGAUUUGCCCCUUCAAGAGCAGCUAACAAAGGUAACGGAUUAUUUGGACCAGCACCAGGUCAAUUCAAAUAAAAUUUUAAUUUGUUAUUGAAAGAUAUUCGUUUGCUUUAAAGCAUUUCAUUAUUAAAAUUAUUUUAUAAUUAAAAGCGGAAAAGGGUCUUAAUUGCAUCUUGAUGUGUUCACUAAAAUAAAAGGUUAUCUAAAUUUGUUCAAAAUUUAAAUGAAUAAAAUUAGAGAAUAAUAUUAACUAA